AUGUUCAAAGGCAGGAGCCUCGUGGCCCUCGCCGCAGUCUUGGCGUCGGUGACCACGGUCGUGAUCUAUCUAGAGUGGCGAGCUGUGCAAGACAUUCGCUCAGGAUUCUCCAGCGACCUCAAGGACACGCUCAAGAAGGGCCUGCAGAAGGGUCGCCAUGCCCUCCUUCAACACAUGGUCUUCAGUGAGGGACGGCCGUGGGCACAAGGCUUCCACUUCUCCAAGGGAGGUGCGUCACUGCGCGGCAGCGGCGAAGCGACGACGAGGUUGCCCUCGCUGGAGCUGUCGGGGAUCAGGGAGACAGAGAUGCCAGAGGAGGCUACCUUCACUGGCACCUAUCCACCAUUUCCCACGCCCCGGGAGGUGCGGCACCCCUCCUGCCAACGGGAGUUUGCCCUCAGCGAGCUCCCUCGGGCAUCACUGGUCAUUCCAUACCUGAACGAGACCUGGGUUCAGAUCAAAGCCACGGUUGGCUCUCUCCUGGCACACAGUCCCCUCGAGCUUGUCGAUCAGAUCCUGUUCAUCGAUGAUGGCAACUCCCCUGAGUGGCAGCAUCACGACGAACUCCGGGCGUUGCAUCCGAAGAUCCGCGUGCACCGCAACGAAGUACGGCAGGGCCUGAUCCGUGCCAAGGUCAUCGGCGCUGCCAUGAUCACGAGUCCCGUCCUCAUCUUCAUGGAGCCUCACUGCAUCGUUGUCCAGCAGUGGCUGGAACCUCUCCUGGAGCAGCUUAGCCUGGCGGAAGAUCACAAGACGCUGGUGAUGCCCAUCCUGGACAUCAUUCCAGAGAAAAACUUCGACAGCUACCUGCCGGCGAACCAUCAUAUCGGUGGCUUCGACUGGAGCCUCACCUUCGGCUGGAAAGCGCUCAUCGAGUCGCGGAACAAGUCGUACAUCUACCCGAACCCCUACCCCACGCCGGCACUCUCCGGUGGGAUCUUCGCCCUCUGGAAGGAUAAUUGGGAGCACAUGGGAACCUACGACACCAACAUGACUGAGUGGGGCGGCGAGCACAUCGAGAUGUCCCUGCGGGCUUGGCGCUGCGGCGGCCGCAUCGAGAUUGUGCCCUGCUCUCGGAUGGGCCAUGUCUUUCGCGCUAAAAACCCGUACGUCGUCCACGUGCCCGAGGCCUGCGGGGAUGGCAUACAGCCGGUGUUGCGUAUCUGUCGGACCGGCCUGCGCUUGACGGACAUGGCGCCCAGGGCACUCAAGCAGUUUCUGCCAAAGCAGAAAGUUAGUCUAGUAGACCCAUUGCGAGCUGUCCAGGUCAUGAAGAACACAAAGCGCGCAGCUUUGGUGUGGCUGGAUGAGUAUCUGGAGGAAACGGCUUAA